AUGUGGGGAGGCGCCAUCACCCGCCAGCAAUUACAGCAAACCAUUGUCCGCCUACAAUCCCUAAAUGAGGUCCCUGAAUUGCCGCAAGAGAACGAUGUAGUCUCUGGGAUAGACACAACGCGUCGUUUAAGCAUCUCGCGAGAGAAUGAAAUCGCGAGCAAUCUAGCCUUUCUCUCAGCCACUUCAGAUGAUAGCCUCAAGGUGAUGGCUGUAUGUAUUGAAGAGCACCGCAAUAGAGAUCAAACCACGAUUCGCAUAGCAUCAAACACUGGAGAUCUCUCAGCAGUCACAAGCGGAUUCGUGACGCUUGGCAAUAUUCUAGAGCAAGCUGCGCGGCGCGAGAAAUCAAAAGACGAAGACACAGAGUCUCUUUUCCGGCACGUUAUUGUCCUAGACCUCUACCGUAUUCUAUCACGGCUGCGAUCACGACAUGCCAAGAGGACAAGAAAGACUGCUGGAAAGCCGGCCCUUAUCAUGCAGCUGAACCGAGUCGUCAAUGACCAGUCCCUUAAGGCCAAAUCGAGACUCGAGAAAAGCAAUCUGAAAGCGGUCAGAGACGGUGCACAAGCGUUACAAGUCCUAUUCAGAAGGCUUGAAAACAUACCGGACCUAGCCACCGAGGAGAUAGAAAUACACUCAAUCAUCGGAGACAUUGUGAAGGCGGCCCACGGUUAUUCUGUCGCGACAGAUAUCAGUACAGCUCUUAAAACGUUCUCGGGUGAUCCAGGCCUCAAAACACACCUGUUGGAGGCUAUCGGCAAGCUUGGCCGAUAUUACUCUGCCUCCUUUGAGCUUGUCUGUGCUGCAAGAGACAGGAAAUGCAGGGUAUUUCACAACGUCCAGGUAGAGCCCUUUCAGAUUCCACUGCCUGCCUCUAUCAGAGGAACACCCUGGAAGGUUCAUGCCGAGAUACAGCUCCUCUUCUUUUAUGAACUUCACCCAGAUCAUCCACGACCGAGGAUCAUUUGCUCUAGUAAGAGUGCUUGCUAUCUGUGCAAUCUCUUCUUCCACCUCCAUGGCGGCUUCCACGUCCCUCGAACCCAUGGCAGGCUUUACAAGAAUUGGAUCCUGCCAGACUGGUUGAACAUCCCCGUCGAGCGUCACCAAGACCUGGGUAUCAUCUUGAACCAGUUAAUGGCAACUCUGGGUGAUAAAGUUCGAAGAGGGUCAAAGUCAAAGAAGAGGCAAUACCAGCAUCCAAAUGAGAGUGUCUUACUACCAGCGGCGGACUGGACAUCAUCAGCUCCAUCCAGGAGUGCGAUAACUACAUCUUUGGCCUCAAUAUCCACUAUUCGGCCACAAUCAUUUAUCCCAGAGGACAAUGUAGCAACGAAAUCGUCCCUGAGCAUGGGCAUGCCUCUGACUCCGCCGAGAACGCCUCCAGAAUUGCUUGAUGGUGCCCGCAUCGCCGACAGUCACACAGAGCCUAUCAUUGCUCCAACCACUACCACACUCGUGGAUAAUAUCAACGGGAGUAUGUCGAGUCUGGACCCCACAACUGUGGUCACUAUUGGCCACAAUGACCUUCCAUACAGUCAGUCUGUCACACUGGUGACGCCAUCGCUACAUGUGCAGCUCGAUAGGUUGUCCAUUACCUUAGACUUCAUCCAAGUAGUAUCAGGCCGUCUGUGCAUCACGCAGGCAGAAGCCUCCGCUGGCUGGAGCAAGGAAUGCCGCUGUGUCGACGUUGAAGAUAUUCCGACGACUACAGAGCUACAAUUAAAUCGCUCUCACGACUCACAACAGCUCGCAAUUCAAUUGCGAAUUGGCCAGAAGGAAUUACUCUGUGUUGCGUUCAUGUGGGAAUAGGUUGUGACUUCUGUCAAUGGCUAAGGAAGAGAACAAAAUUGUCAAGGUGGACAAGAGUGGUUGAUUCAAGGACAGGCAAAUAGCGGCAUUCGAUGGAGUAACAUCCACGGCAUCUCUCCAAGAAGUAUGAUUUGCAACAUCAAGUCUCGAGCUCUUCUCCGAUCACUGUUAGGAGCUUGACGCGAUCUGUUGCAUUUGCAAACGGUAAACCUUCUCGAUAACUUUUGAUUGGUCACCUUGACCACAACUGUGAUACAUGGUUGCGACCACAAUCGAGACUUCAGCGCAUGCGCAGCAUACACCUUCGGUAGCUCCGGGCCUGUAGCCAGUCAAGUAACAUAACCCAUCUAAGAUUUGAUAUUCAGGAAGACUACCACUCG